AUGAUACAUGCUUAUGUUAAAAUAUUUUAUAUAGCAGUUUUAUUUGGAUUAAUCGUUUUGCAUCAAAAUGUGUUUGCACAAAAAGAACCAUAUGAAGAGAAAAAUGAAGAUAACAAAUUAAAAACAAGAACAUUAAGUUACUUAAGAGAAAAAAAAGAAGACGAACCAAAUAAAAUAGAACAAUCAAUUAAAAUAGAACAAUCAAAUAAAAUAGAACAAACAAAUAAAAUAGAACAACCAAAUAAAAUAGAACAAUCAAUUAAAAUAGAACAAUCAAAUAAAAUAGAACAACCAAAUAAAAUAGAACAACCAAAUAUAAUAGAACAACCAAAUAUAAUACAGGAUGAAAAUCAAACAAAUACACCAUUAAGGAAUCAACAGAUUCAAAUUAAUAAUACAAUUGAUGAAAUAAUACAAAAUUCCGAAGGAGAUGAAAAACUUCAAAGACUUAACAGUACAUCAUGGUUAAUAAAUAAUAUGGAAGCACCUGAAGAAGUUAAACAGAGACUUAGGGGGCUAGCACAAUCAUAUAUAUAUAACCCAGAUGAAUCGCAAAAAAGAAAAAUAAUUAAAGAAAUUUAUAACUAUAGUGUUAAAGAAGAAAAUGACGAUAUUAGAAAAAUGUUCUUAAAAAUACUUAAAUGUAGAAAUUUAAGUAACACAGAGCCUCAAGAGUAUCAUUUACCUUUAGAAGGAACAUCGCAUCUGUGUUGUCUUUUCGCAUAA